AAUUGGCUUUCCCCUUUCGCAAGAUUCUUUUGUGUAGUGUAGUACUCUUUUUUAUCCUAGUCUUCUUUCCUCAAAGCGUUCAUCGUUCCUCACUCAUCAAUUGGAAAUCUCUCCCUCUAUCAACAUCAUAAAAUCAUGGAUUUUAAUUCUCCUCAUUCAAUGGGAACAACCAUUGUCGGUGUCACCUACAAAGAUGGUGUUGUUCUUGGUGCCGAUUCACGUACCAGCACGGGUGUUUAUGUUGCUAAUCGUGCCUCGGACAAGAUUACUCAACUGACUGACAAUGUUUAUGUUUGCCGUUCUGGAUCGGCUGCAGACUCUCAAAUAGUAUCUGAUUAUGUACGACAUUUUCUUCAUCAGCACAUAAUACAGUUGGGACAGCCUGCUACUGUCAAAGUUGCUGCUAAUCUUGUCAGACUACUCGCAUAUAACAACAAGGAUAUGCUCCAGACAGGCAUGAUUGUUGGAGGAUGGGAUAAAUAUGAAGGAGGUAAAAUAUAUGGAAUUCCACUUGGUGGAACAAUCAUAGAGCAGCCUUUUGCCAUUGGAGGUUCUGGCUCUUCAUACCUUUAUGGAUUCUUUGAUCAAGCAUGGAAAGAAGGAAUGACCAAGGAUGAAGCUGAGGACCUUGUGAAGAAAGCAGUAUCCCUUGCCAUUGCUCGAGAUGGUGCAAGUGGUGGUGUUGUUCGAACUGUCAUCAUCAAUGAAGAUGGAGUGACUAGAAACUUCUACCCUGGUGACAAACUCCCUCUGUGGCACGAGGAAAUGAAGCCACAAAAUUCUUUAUUAGAUAUUUGGGGAGCUGCAGCGAGCCCCGAGCCAAUGACCGAGUAGACUCAUCCUGUUUAUCGCUUUAGCUUUGAAAAUUACCCGAUGUGUCACAUAUCAUUGUACCUUGACUUUGUUACUUAAUCGGAAUUGAUUUGGUUACUUCGUUUGAGAUCUAAAUCAGAAAAGGAAAAAAAUUAAGAUCCUCAUGUUUGAUGAUUA